UAGCUCAUUAAGUAAAUGAAACAUACAUGUAUAUAAGCUAGUAAAACUAUAAUUUUUAUUUUAUUGACAAUCAGUUUUGUGACCAGUUAGAAGAAUUUGAUUAUUUGAGGAUAAUAUAAUCAUUAGAAUGAAUGGCGGUAAACCAGUCACCAUGUCUAUAGAGGCACAAAGUCCGAUAUAUCCUGUUCUAACACAGCCUGGAAGCAGACUGGGACCUCCGCCAGGGGCAUUUCCGGAAAAUGGCGUAUCAGUUCGGGUUUUGAGAGACACAAAGGAAGAUGCGGAAUUUGCAGCUAAAUUAACUGUCGAGGCUUUCAGGGGGAAAUAUGUUCAUACUAUAACAGAAAGAAAAGAAGGCAAUUUUCGGAAAUUGACGGAAGCCCUGUGGGCCCUUAAAAUAAAAAAACUAAAAUUUAAAGGUGACUCCGAAAUAGAAAAAGAGGAUCAUUUAUCGGAUCUGGGAUGCUGGCAUGGAUGUAGAUAUGGAUGUUUUGGUAUUGCCACGUCUGUGCAUGUAGAUGAAAGUUUCAAGUGUUAUGUGGACCAUAUAUGUGUUGAUGAAAGCGCACGCGGAAGAGGUGUUGGCAAACUGUUAAUGAAGAGAGCCGAAUUCGAAGCUAGAACGAAAAAUUGCUCACUGGUAUACCUUCACGUAACAACGACGAAUAGAGCCAAGAACCUUUACGACAGAGAGGGAUUCCGUGUGGUAAAGACAACAAAUAGAUGUAGUUGUGUAGGGUGCUGCAUAGGUCCACCAGGGAAACUACACGAAAUGGAGAAAACCCUUUAACAGAGAAUGAAAAGAAAAUAAUGGAACGAGUGCGACAGAUGUUUUUAAAGUAUAAAGACUUAAACAUGAUAAUCGUCAAUCAUCGGGAAGUUUCGCCAAAUUCCGGAAUGGGAUAAGAACAGUUCUUAUAUAAUAUUGCCGUGUAAUGCAAAUUAACUACAUUCGUAUUUGUAAUUUGAUAUAGAAAAUUAUGGGCGUUGCACUUGUUUUAAAUCGAAUGUAUUCAGAGCUCUUUACCAGGUCUCAAACGUUGUUAUGUACUUUGAUCGAAUGUUUUCAUUUCCUGAUGAAUUAGAACUUUUAUUCAAUAUAAUCAUGAUAUAGAUAAAGUAUACCUCAUUAUAAUACAGUGUUUGAACGCACUUAAGUAAAAUAUGCUUAUUGAAACAGGCUAGUCACAUUUGAAGAUUAGUUUCUUUAACCGACUACGUUUUGCUAAGAUUUAAAGAGAUAGCGUUUGCUUUACCAAGUAAGUUAUGUAUUAUUAUAAUACAACUUCAAACAAAAGAUGUCAUGGUAUUGCGUAAAUUUAAAAAAACAUUUCCCUGCAUAGGCUAAUUUCGCAUUUAUUUAAAAAGUGAUAUUUUAACAAUGUCUGAAUGUCAGACUGAAAGAUGUUUUUUGUUUGUAUGUAUGUAAUUAUUUUUUCCUGUUAAAUUCGAUUUCGCCAAGAUUGAUGAAAGUUCAAAACAUUGGAGCCGCGUCACGACAAAACCAACAUAUUGAGUUUGCGACCAGCAUGGAUCCAGACCAGCCUGCGCAUCCGCGCAGUCUGAUCAGGAUCAAUGCUGUUCGCUAUCAGUUUCUCUACUUGCUAUAGGGUUUGUAAGCGAACAGCAUGGAUCCUGAUCAGACUGCGCGGAUGCGCAGGCUUGUCUGGAUCCAUGCUGGUCGCAAACCUAUUAUGUUGGUUUUGUCGUGACACGGCUCAUUUAAUGUUAAUUAUGUCAAAUAAAUGUUGUGAAUGGUAUUUUGUAUAAGCGAAUAAUAAAGGGGCUAUCAGUUAGUCCUAUCGCAAAUUGGUCGGAAGGAAAAUAACAGAAAGGCCAGUUAUAUGAGUUAUAUAUGUCUUUAUACCGAGUUAUUAUGAAACAAUUCUUUAUGAAUAUGAUUAGUUGUUAUCAUUUUAGUGUACGUAAUAUAUAGAAUAAUUAAGUGAGCAAUCAAAUUUAAUAUAAAAUCAUUCAUAUUAUAGACAGCAAGCAAUAUCACCUAUCAAAUUUAACAUGAAACACAAUGCUAAGGUACUUUUAUGUUUGUUGUAUGUGUUUUCUUGGCUUUUUUCUUGUUUGCAUAUUGUUUUGUUGGCUAAUCAUCGGCUGUCAUCAAGUGAAUUGUUUUUGUUUUGUUUUGUACGCUGUUCCUUUUUUGUUGCGUUACAGUGUCUUUUUGAUGUUACACAUGUAUUGCAUAUGAUGAUGCCUUUUAGAUGUUUUUAUUAUUUGUCCAUUCUUAUGACUUUGAAAAACGUCAUUUAUAAUAAAAAUACUGUGCAAUGUGUGUUAAUCAAUGUCAGUUUACGUACUAUGUGUUUUUAUGUAUAAUAAUAAAU